AUUUUCUCUCCCUGUUAAUUGCAGAAUAAAGGAAGCUCACCCACCAUGGCAAUGGUAACAGAAGCUCUGGUGUUCGUAUUGAUGAUGAUGAUGAUGAUUCGAUCAGAUGCAUAUGACACGAAUGUGGUAUUCGAUCCUUGUUCGGAUGCGAAGGUUCAGAAAUGUGAUGGAUUUACCUUCGCCCUAGCGUUCUCCACAAAAGAAUCGUUCAUAUCCAAUCAGAUUCAGUUUUCGCCCUGUGACCGUCGGCUCCCCCUCGCUGGAAGCAACGCUCAACUUGCUAUUUUCAGGCCGAAGGUGGAUGAGAUCUCUCUCCUCACCAUCAACAGCCCCACUUUCUCUCCGACUCUGGCAGGUGGGUAUAUGGUGGCAUUUGCAGGAAGGAAAUACGCUGCUAGAUCACUGCCAGCCUUGGUUUCAGACAAUACCCACACAAUAACAAGUUUUACACUGGUGCUUGAAUUCCAGAAGGGAACACUUGAAAACCUGUACUGGAAGAAGUUCGGAUGUUCUUCACGCACCGGCAAGUCUACAGUUUGCCUAAACAAAACGGAUUGUGCAGUACCAACUUCGAGUUGUAAAGCCAGCGGGGGAACCGUCGACUGCAACCUCGGCAUACAGCUGGCUUUCUCGGGGACGGAUAAGAACAACGAGGUGCUCAACUCGUGGUACGAGGUGGGCAAACUCCGACAAUACUCUCUCUUUGCGUUGUACUCUGAUCUGCGCCAUAGCCUCGCCGACCAGUUUAGCAAUCUCUUUUGA